GCACUAUUUAGGUCAUAUGUAAAAUUGGAGCUUCCGAACGGUACCUCUGCCAGCUAUCGAGGUCACACACACACCAGCUGAUCGCUGUGUUUCAUUCAUAAGUUGGCUGACGGUUUGUGUAGUGUCAGGUGUGUUUCUCGACAGACUUGCUAGCUGUUGGCACGGAACAAAACAUCUCGUCAUCGGGAUCUACUCUUCUCACCUGGCUUUUGUUUUAUCCUCUGUCCUAACUGUGUUUGGAGUCCUUUCUAGAUUUAACUUUUUUGUCGACGUUUUUUCCCACUUGCUGAACCACUUGUGACAUUAAACAGUGCGAACACAUUGCACCGUAUAUACAUCUAUACAACCCCCGUUAUUUGACACCAUGUCGGAAUCUGCAACAGCUUCUAACGUGGCCUCUGGAGAUGCCCCUGAGGCCCAGCCCCCCAAAAGGGGCAGAGGACGACCCCGAAAACCCAAACCAGACCAGCCAGAGGAACCGAAACCUAAACGACCCCGGGGGAGACCACCCGGCAGCACCAAAAAACCCGACACCAAGAAGGAAUAUAAGCCUACCAGACCACGAGGUAAACAGGCGAAAGGGGGGACUAGCGAUGAACCAUCCGAGAGUACAAAGGAAUCGAACCCAAACUAGACUACCUCAACACUAGGACCAAAACUACGCUACUGCGUCGUGUACAUAGUUUGCGUCAUCAGGGAAAAAUGAAUAUGCAGUAACCCGAUAACUACAGACAAUUUUCAACCCGGUGCUGUAAUGAACACAACCAGAAUAAUGACUUACGCGUGUGUUAAGAGAUACUGCUAGCACAAAAAGCGGCAAGUCAUCCAAGAAGAUCUGAAGUGACACUAACCAGAGCUGACGUAGCUCAAAAUCAAAUACUGUAUAUAGGAGAACUGUGAGAAUGUUGCUAUGGUUGAGUGGCUAUAUAACACGUCGACAGAAAUAAUGUUUCUAUGGUUGACUGUCUAUAUAACACGUCGGCAGAAAGAGUGUUUCUAUGGUUGACUGGCUAUAUAACACGUCGGCAGAGAGAGUGUUUCUAUGGUUGACUGGCUAUAUAACACAUCGGCAGAAAGAAUAUGUCUAUGGUUGACUGGCUAUAUAACACGUCGACAGAAAUAAUGUUUCUAUGGUUGACUGGCUAUAUAACACGUCGGCAGAAAGAGUGUUUCUAUGGUUGACAGGCUAUAUAACAUGUCGGCAAAGAGAAUGUUUCUAUGGUUGACUGGCUAUAUAACACAUCGGCAGAGAGAACAUGUCUAUGAUUGACUGGCUAUAUAACACGUCGACAGAAAGAAUGUUUCUGUGAUUGACUGGCUAUAUAACACGUCGGCAGAAAGAGCAUUUCUAUGGUUGGAAGGUUAUAUCACAUGUUGGCAGAGAGAAUAUUUCUAUAAUUGACUGGCUAUAUAACACGUCGGCAGAGAGAGUGUUUCUAUGGUUGACUAGCUAUAUAACACGUCGGCAGAGAGAAUGUUUGUAUGGUUGACUGGCUAUAUCACACGUCGACAGAGCUAAUGUCUCCAUGGUUGACUGGCUAUAUAACACGUCGACAGAGAGAAUGUCUCUAUUGCUGGCUUCCUAUAUAACACGUCGGCAGAGAGAAUAUUUCUAUAGUUGACUGGCUAAAUAACACGUCGGCAGAGAGUGUUUCUAUGGUUGACUAGCUAUAUAACACGUCGGCAGAGAGAAUAUUUCCAUGAUUGACUGGCUAUAUAACACGUCGACAGAGCUAAUGUCUCUAUGAUUGACUGGCUAUAUAACACGUCGGCAGAGAGAAUAUUUCCAUGAUUUACUGGCUAUAUAACACGUCGGCAGAGAGAAUGUUUCCAUAGUUGACUGGCUAUAUAACACAUGGGCAGAGAGAAUGUUUCCAUAGUUGACUGGCUAUAUAACACGUAAGCAGAAAGAAUGUCUCUAUGGUUGACUGGCUAUAUCACAUCUUGGCAGAAAGAAUGUUUCUAUGAUUGACUGGCUAUAUAACACAUCGGCAGAGAGAAUGUUUGUAUGGUUGACUGGCUAUAUCACACGUCGACAGAGAGAAUAUUUCCAUGAUUGACUGGCUAUAUAACACAUCGACAGAGAUAAUGUAUCUAUGAUUGACUGGCUAUAUAACACGUCGGCAGAGAGAAUAUUUCCAUGAUUUACUGGCUAUAUAACACAUGGGCAGAGAGAAUGUUUCCAUAGUUGACUGGCUAUAUAACACGUCGGCAG